CUUAACGCUCCGAGGUGAGAUGGCCGUGGAGUCUCUGCUGGUUCCUGUGAAGUCGAAACGGGCUCUGUGGACAGACAGCAGGAGGCGAGAAACCCCGCCGCAGUCCCCUCCGACCUCCAUUUUUUAAAAAUAACAACGGUCUGAUGUCCUGGUUUUGUUCUGCAGAUGAGCAGCCUGAAUCCUGAGGACCCAGAAAACUGCUAAACAUCUCACCAACACUCCUGAAUACUGCAGACUAGCCCUGGACAGGUUUGUGCCGUAGCUGUGUGGCCGGGCAGCCUGGCUGCCCCCCUGCCUCCAGAUGAAUGAAGAGCACUCCGGGACCCAGAGACACAGCUGAUGCAGGGCAUGCAGGUGUUUCUGCAAACAUGAUGAAGAAAAAGAAUCCCCAUAAGAAACAUAAGAGCAGUCUGGGUCCGACCACCAAAGUUCUGUCUCAGCCACGACGCAACAUCGUUGGCUGCAGGAUCCAACACGUCUGGAAGGACGGAGGAGGACACGUGAUCUGGAAAGGAACAGUGCUCGACCAGGUGCCAGUAAACCCGUCUCUCUAUCUGAUAAAGUACGAUGGUUUCGACUGCGUUUAUGGUCUGGAGCUUCAUAAAGACGAGAGGGUCCAGGGGCUGGAAGUGCUCCCUGACAGAUUGGCUAAAUCCCGCCUAACAGAUGUCAACCUAGCGGACACCAUGAUAGGUAAAGCAGUGGAGCACAUGUUUGAGACGGAGGAGGGUCCGAAGGAGGAGUGGAGGGGGAUGGUGCUGGCCCGGGCUCCCAUCAUGACCACCUGGUUCUACAUAACUUAUGAGAAAGACCCUGUCCUCUACAUGUACCAGCUGCUGGACGACUACAAAGAGGGAGACCUCCGCAUCAUGCCCGACUCCAACGACAGCGUCCCAGCGGAGAGGGAACCUGGCGAGGUGGUGGACAGCCUGGUGGGUAAACAGGUUGAGUACGCCAAAGAGGACGGCGGCAAACGAACAGGCAUGGUCAUCCACCAGGUGGAGGCCAAGCCCUCCGUCUACUUCAUCAAGUUUGACGACGACUUUCUUAUUUAUGUCUACGACCUGGUCAAAACUUCAUAAGACUUUGUGGACGUCCUGAGUCCCUCCCACGCGACAGAAACAAAAUGCAGCACAUGUUGAAACAUCUGAAGCAUUUGAUCGAGCGCUUGUUUUCUCAGACCAUCAAAGACAAAAGUAAAGACUCAAAAGAAGAAUUCUCACAACGGAAAGAGAGGAUAGAUACUUCUUGAGAAUCGCCUUGUUUUUGUGUUCGGGAGCGUUUAAUAUGGGGAAAAAAACCAGCUUGGGGACAUUGAAGACCCUUAUCGAAGACCUUCAUAAACCCUUAAAUUAAAAAAGAAAUGCCAUGUUUUUACAUUACCCGUAUGAGGUCCAAAAUAUAGUGAAUACCCCAAAAUAAUUCUCUGAAGCCGUCCAAAAAUUCUGCUUCACUCUAGAAAGAGACUUAACCUUGAGAUCCAUUUUCAGUGUUAGAUUUCAUCCAGUGGGCUGCCUGGGGAGGGACAUUUUGGUCAUAGUGAUGUGGCACUCAAUUUGAGGCACAGCUAAUUUGAUCCUAAUGAAACUGUAAUUGAAAAGUAGCCAACUCUUCUGUACUUAUGCUGGAAGCGUGGAAACAUGACAUAACUGUCUUCAAAGAUUUCUUGUCAUGUUUCCUACAUCAGCUAACACAUCUGGCCACAGAGAAAUGAGCAGCCUCCCAGCAAAGACGUGAAAUCUGGAGCUAGUUGGUGGAAGGGGCUUCAAAAAGGCUACAAGAAGGAGAAUUCUCAGACCAAUUGCGGUCACGAUGGAGAAGGAGCUUGUCUUUGUUUUCGGCUACACCCUUCCACCAAAUUUAAUGAAAAUGAGGACUGUAGUUUUUCCGGAGACAAAUAAAUGGCACCAAAAACAUAACCUCCUUGGCGGAAAUAUUUAAGUUUUUACAUACAAAAAUCUCAAUUUACUAAAACAUUUUGACUAUGCCAAAUUAUAGGAAUUUGAUUUAGUUAAUCCCAUAAUUUUGGAUUAGUUUGUAAUUUUUAUGUCAUAAUAUUUAUUUAUUAUUUUUGGCUGAAAUGGUCUUCCAUAUAUCUGAGAUCCACAAGACAGGAAACAAACAAAACUGGUUCUAGUCUAAUUCAAAGUUGGACUUUAGAGACUUUUUAAAGCCCUAGAAACCUAAGGGGUAAAAACACAACAAAAAUCUUCAACCAAGUUUGGUGUGGCUUGGUCACAGAAAAGGGGACACUUAUUAUAUCCCUUUUGUUUCAAAUGAAAGUUAACUGAAGUGGGAUUUCUGUUCCGGUUGUUGUACAGAACAAAACAUUACAGGUUUCUUCAUCAUAUAGUGUGCUACUUACACAAGCUUCACUUUAUCGACUUCAACUGAAUAUUCAUGGAGAGGGUCAACCAAUCCUCAUCUACAGACGUCUCCAGUUAAAAACUGUGAUUUAAAAAAAAAAGACGGGGGCAGUUUUUUGCUUUUAUCAUUGCCAAAAGCCCUUCCUGUUGUGAAGUUGUUUGAUGUUAAAGAUGAUCGGACAGCUUUUUCUUGUGAUUUCAAUAAGGCCUUUGGAUUUGCUCUUGUGUUGUCUUUUCUAAGUCACCAGUGAAGGAGUGACAGAGAAGUGAAACUGAAACUUGGCCAAAGCCCUUCCUGUCCUUGGCUGUUUGUUUUACUGUUAAAUACCUUGUUACAGAAGGAAAAAAAAAACCCUGCGAUUUCUUGGGUUUUCCUUCCUCCGUUUGGACUAUGAACACAGUGAUGGAUUCUAAAUGUCACACACCGUUGAUUUAAGGACUGGAAAACUUGGUUUAAUGCACCUUAAAUCCCAGGGAAGGAGAUAAGAAGAAUAUUCCCCCUGUGUUGGACUUAAAUUGUCACCAGAAUCCACAAGAAUCUACUAGAGUGAUGCAGUGAAGUUCUCAUCCGUUAUCAAGAUGAUGAGCAUUGUUAAGGGUUCCCUUGGUCGAUAAGAUUAUUACUGAAACAAGAGCAUCCCAGUUUGUAUUUACACACAAAGAAAAAGAUUACAGACUCCUUGUGGUGUAGAUCCAAUGCUCUCCUGGCCGACUGAAGAAGAGUUUUUGUGCGUAGCCUGUGAGAUGAUUUGGUCUGUUCCACAGCGUGUAUGCAGUAAGAGAGGACACAGUCAGUUGUGUUAAGUAUAUGAAGAGAUUAACAACCAGUGAUGGUUUAAAUUUCCUUUUUCACAAAUGUACAUUUGAUUUUGUUUGGAUUUAUUGGAGACUGAAGGUUUUCCAUUAACACGGUUCUGUACUUGAGUAGUAGUAUUUCAGCAAAAUUGGAAUACACUGUAGGGUCAGAAUCAAUCUGUUUUUACUGGCCAGUGACUGAUAUCCCAGUAAAAUUGGUAAGAGUCCUGGAAGAGCAUUUAUUAAAGCAAAUAAUAAAUGAGAGCUUGUUGGUUCCUCAAUGUAUAAUUUUGGACCAGUUUAUUACAACAGAACUACUAAAUAAAUCUGAAUUAUUAAUGCAUUUGAUGACAUCAAGUAUGUUUGCGUACGUAACUUUUGAAACCAUCCCAAUAUUUUAAACAAAAAUGUUGAUUCUCCAUUUAUAAAUUAGACUUAGGUUGUGUAUGUCAAGUAUAGGUUUUUUGGGUUGGACCUUUAAGCACUUAAUGCAACCGCUACCAGUAAACAUAUAACAGUUUUUUUUUUCUCCAAAAACCAGUGAACAUAGGAAUGAAAACAGAAAAGAAACCAAUAAAGGUUGAUGCAUUACACCUUUGACUAAUCACUUGGCUUGCUUGAUUCAAUGUACAGAACGGAGUAAUGUAUGUAAAACCUUCAGGCUGUGUACUUCCUGUGAUGUAGUUAGUUGCCGAGGCAGAUUACAGCUCUUAUUAUAACCGCACUAAAAAAACAAGACAGACUCUCCCAGAGGUCUGUAGGUUUCUGCACUUGUAUAUUGUUUUUUUUUUAUUAAAGAGAAGUAUGAUUGUGAUCAUCUCAACAGGCACUAUCUUAAUUAGUUAACGAGAUAACGCAUCGUUAAUAAGACUUUAUUCGCAGCAAGGUUUUGUCCCAUUCAGUCAGUACAUUUUACUGUUAUAUUGAUAACAGGUUAUUGUUGUUAAUGUUGGAAUGACAUGGGCCUUCUAUCAUUCUUCUGCCUUGUAUUGUUUGUUUUUGUAUGUUUUAAAAUGUAUGUUAAUAAUUUUUAUUGUUAAUGGAAAA